UCUUCAUCUCCUUCUUCAUCUUCUCUGCUGGAUAAUGUUAUGCAGAGAAGAGGAGAAGAGAGGAGAGAAGAUUAUUAUUUUGUGGCCCGGUCAGACCAGGUCACCCGGGCUAGAAAUCAUUAGUAAAGGAUUAAUCUUUAUCACGUAAUUAUGCAUGCAUAUACGUGAAUCUAUUUGCAAAGUGGAAAAUUUGAUCUGAUUAUUAUAUUGAUGGAAGACCCUGGGGGGACGCAUGAUAAAUGCUUAGUGUGGGCGAAGGUUCAUUCUACGGGAGUAUGGGGCACGGAGUAUCACUUUCUUACUUACGGUCUACCUCGUUUGUUCUUGCAAUUGUGCAUCAUGUUUGGCCUUACCCAAGCACUCCAUUUGUUGUUCCUCAAGCGCUUCCGUUUGCCCCGCAUUGUCUCUGAACUUUUGGCGGGGAUGAUCUUGGGGCCGACAGUGAUGGGACAGUUUGAUUGGAAUGUGAACAACAUGUUUGAGUUGUACGAAGGAUACUACGUUAGUCUGUUGUCAAAAAUGGGUUACGUGCUGUUCAUAUUCCUGAGUGGAGUGAAGAUGGAUCCAGGAAUGGUUCCCAGAAGCGGCGCCAAAGCAUGGUGCAUAGGGAUCCCUUCUGUGUUGCUCCCCUAUGCUGUCCUCAAGUAUUUGAGCAGAAAGGUGUUGACGCAGGAAUUGAUUCAUAGGUACAGACACUCUGCCAUCCAGAACACCUUAGGCAUACAAAGUGUGUAUUCUUUUCCUGUCACCGCGGUUCUUCUGGUUGAUUUAAAGAUCAUCAACACUGAACUGGGCCGCCUGGCUUUGGCGACGGGCUUGAUUUGCGACUUACUUAGUAACUUAGUGUCCACGAUUAUAGCUAACGUUAGCGUUGGGGUUAUGUCCGCUAUGCCGCUCGUUUCGGUGCAUUCUUUCGCGCUUUCUGCGGGGCUGAUCGUGUUUUUGGUGGUCACCGUGCGGCCGUUUUCGGCGAUGAUCAUUAAGCGGACCCCGGAGGGGGCGCCCGUGGACACGUUUUACGUGUGCUUUAUGUGUUUCGCGGCGUUUUUCGCGACGGUUCUGGCGGAUAAUGUGGGGAUGAAUUUUCAGUACGGGCCGUUUAUAUUGGGGCUGCUUGUGCCGGAUGGGCCGCCGUUGGGAUCUGCGUUGGUGGAUAAGUUGGAUACUAUUGUGACGGGGCUGUUUGCGCCGCUGUUGGUGACUUAUUCCGGCACUAAGGUCGACCUGCUCAACGUGUUUGAUCUCCACUUUGUUGGGCUGGUAUGGAUUACCGUCACCGUUUGCUACGUGAUGAAGUAUGUCUCUAUUUUCGGGCCUGCGUUGGUGUGCAGAGUUCCUCUCAAAGAUGCUGCUUCUCUUGCCUUCAUCUUGAGCACGCAAGGGGUCGUCCAGAUCUCUUUCUAUCUCAACGGCUUCGUAAAUCAGAUGUAUGAUACCGAAACCUUUUCCAUGUUGACAAUGACUGCAUUGAUCACGGCAGCAGGGUCCCACAUUGUGGUGGGGUCCUUACACGACUACUCCAGGGCAUAUUCUGGGUACCAAAGAAGGGACAUCGAGCACCAGUCCAAAGGCUCAGAGUUAAGGUUGGUGACCUGUUUUCAUCGCCUAGAAGAUGCGGUAGCCGCCAGGAAACUGCUAGAGGUUUCAUUUCCCAGCAAAGAAACUCCUCUCUCCGUCUACUCACUCCACCUAGUGGAGCUGGUGGGGCGGGUCACCCCUCUCUUGAUUGACCACCAAUUGGGGCAGAUGAAGACCCCUUCGUCCCCUGCCGCCAAUUCUCGAUCACACAAAAUUAUGGCCACUCUUCGCUCCUUCGCGCAGGACUCCAAUGGGUUCGUCGCCCUCAACUUCUUCACCGCAAUAUCGCUCCCCAAGUUCAUGCAUCACGACGUUAGCGCUCUCGCCUUCGACAAGCUCGCCUCCAUCAUCAUUCUCCCGUUUCACAGGAAAUGGAACCACCUAGGCAGGUUGAUCGUGGAUAGCAGCAGCAUGAGGCUUAUGAACAGCACUUUGUUAGACCUGGCCCCUUGCUCCGUGGGUAUUCUAAUAGACCGGGAAAAGACACGGAUGCGGCGAGGGUCGAUGUCCUCGUCCUACCACGUCGCCGUGAUAUUCAUGGGAGGAGCCGAUGACCGCGAGGCGUUAUGCUACGCCAAACGCAUGUCCAACACGCCGUGGGUUCAGUUGACGGUGGUGCACUUCGUUCCGGCGGACCACGACGCCGAGAGGAAGCAGUGGGACGCGGUGCUCGACUCGGAAGUGUUGAAGGAGGUGAGGCAUUUGGCGGAAUGCGAUGACACCAAAGUUUGUUACAAAGAAGAAAUAGUGAGGGAUGGGGCGGAGACUGCGCAUACGGUGCGGGAGAUGGAACACGUUUUUGACCUUAUUCUUGUGGGUAGACGCCAUGAGCCUAAUUUGCCUCAACUUUUUGGGCUUUCCCAGUGGAGCGAUAUAGCGGAAUUGGGGCCUAUUGGGGACAUGCUUGCUAUUGAGCAUAUCACAUCGCCGGUCUCAGUCUUGGUGGUGCAACAGCAAUAUGUCAAGAACAAAUGAACAAGUUAAGACGCCAUCGAUGAGGGAUAGAUGCAUCUCUAGAAUUUGUAUCAAGGUCUUACGAAAGUGGCUAGAGUGUAGCAUCAACUUCUUGUUUAACUGGUUUGUCUCUUUUUGUAACAACCAAAACAUUAUUUUGAUAAAUGAAAGAGGACGGCUCAUUGUUCUCACAAAUUUACCUUCUUCUCA